UCGUCGGAAUACACAUCGGGACAGCUGUGAGAAUCGGCGAGUGAGGAAAUCCGGCGGCAUCGGAUGGGACGUGUCGAGUGGAGUGAUGCUGGGAUUUCUCGCGGAUCGUCGUGGAUCGAUGUAGCGCGAUGUCCGCCUGGUGGCCUGUCGUGACGGCGGCGUUGUGCCUCUGGAUAGGCGCUGGGAGUCAGUUCAGCGACAACACACCACCGAUAAUGUGGCUGGAUCGGAAUUGGGUGCUUCCGGACACCGAGCCGGUAGGAAGUAUCGUGACCCGAGUUCGCGCCGAGGACAAUGAGCAGGACAAGCUGACCUACGGCUUGGAACCGCUUGGACACAACUACAACGGGGACGACAGUCCGCAGCCACCACUGCCCUUCUUCAUCGAUAACAGCACUGGCACCGUCUACCUCAAUGAGACUCUCAAAGGAAGGGGAGGGCAGAACCUGUUCCUCUACGUGACCGUUUCUGACGGUCAACUCACGGCGAAGACCGAGGUCUACGUCAACAUCAAGAACACAUCGGCACCGAAUCAAGGAAAAACGAGGACGCCGUUUCCGAAUCAAUAUGGUUCCGGUGGUCGGAUACGACCGCCUAUACUCAGCUUGCCUAACUUACCAAGUUUCCCAUCGCCUCUGCCUCCUCUGCCACCCAAGCAGUAUCAUCCCGAGACCACGAAGCUUGAGCUAGAGAAGACGAAGCCCAAGAAGGAUGUAGUCGAUAUGAACGACGACGUCACGGAGGAGGCCGUCCAGAUUUUAAACGAAGUGGAAGGACCCGCGUUGAGUUCCAAAGUCGCACCCUCCGCUGUACCACCUUCGCAUGACAUGGCAGCGACUCUGGUACCGGUGGCGGCAGGAUGUGCCAUUAUCCUCAGCGUCGGUAUAGCCGCUUGGUCUUUGAGGCAUAAAUUCUGCAUCAGUCGCAAGUCCAAGGAAGACACGAAAGAACAGGUGUCAGUUAGCGUAUCUAAUCUAUCCGAUGACCCUUCUCUCGUCCUGAAGAGAUGGCGCGGCCCGAAAGCUCACAACAAUCGUUACCAGCCGUGGGAGAAGGAGUCUCAGGCAGGCAUUCAAAGCAAACAAGAAGACAAGUGGGAAUUUCCCAGGCAUAGAUUGAAAGUUUUCAACAUUCUCGGCGAGGGUUGCUUCGGUCAAGUGUGGAAAUGCGAGGCUCUCGACAUUGAUGGCAAAGCCGGUGCGACGAUCGUUGCGGUGAAGACCUUGAAGGAAAACGCUACCGAACGGGAGCGACUGGACCUCGCGCAGGAACUGCGGGUCAUGAAAAACUUGGACCCUCACCCGAACGUGGUGCGACUUCUGGGCUGUUGCACCGAACGCGAGCCCAUGUUCGUCAUCCUGGAGUACGUGAGCGGCGGGAAGCUGCAGAGUUUCCUCAGGGCCUCUAGGGAGGAAAGAAAUCACGGAGGAGCGGGAUUAACUUCCAGAGACCUCACUGGAUUUGUGUAUCAGAUCGCCAAAGGCAUGGAGUACCUGGCGUCGAAGGGUAUUAUUCACCGGGACUUGGCAGCUAGGAACAUUCUGAUCGACGAGAACCGAGCAUGCAAGGUGGCCGACUUCGGCUUUGCCAGGGACGUGGCGGCUAAUCAAAUCUACGAGAGGAAAUCCGAAGGCAGAUUGCCGAUCAGAUGGAUGGCACCUGAGAGUCUAUACGACAAUAUAUUCUCUGUCAAAUCGGACAUCUGGAGUUUCGGAGUCCUGAUCUGGGAGAUAGUAACAUUGGGAUCGACACCUUACCCUGGCUUGGCCGCCGCAGAGGUGAUGCGGCGGAUCAAAGAGGGCUACAGACUGGACAGGCCCGAACAUUGUAAGAGAGAACUUUAUAAUAUUAUGUAUUACUGUUGGGACAAGGAUCCUGCAUGUAGGCCAUCCUUCGCCGAGCUCGUCAGCCUAACCGAGGGUCUCUUACUCGAUGAGACCGAUUACAUCGAACUCGACAGGUUUCCGGAUCACUCGUAUUACAACGUGCUCAACCUCAGCGGCGAAAAACUGUGAGGAGCGCGUAAUCGACGACCUUGAGCAUUUGAAUCGUUCAAAAUGUUCACUUGCAUUUCAAUCGAGCGAGCAGAAAGGUUUUUCCAAUCGUUGAACGUCGAAGAAGGCUUUUAAUAAAAAUAAGUUGCCACGCAUUUUCGUGACGACGUGCUCUUCUUUGCCUCUUGCUUGCAACGAAUCACGAAGAACAAUAGUCGAGCCAAUUGCAAAACUAUUGACUUUACCCUUUCUUUCAUUCUUUUUUUUUAAUAUUUUUAGCCGAAGAGACUAUCAAAUCAUGCGAAUGAGCAAAGAACGACGUAACGCAUUUAACAUAUUUCGUACGUUUGCUCGAAAAUGAUACAGCAGAAAAUGAUAAAGCAGAAUUUUAGUCUUUCGGUUUUACCGCGGCGUAAGACUGUUUGUUCCGUUAAAUACUCACGUACAUAUAUGUAAAUAUGACAAACAAAUAAUUUGCUGCGACCGAGACAAACACGGAAAAGGAAAGAGAAUAGGGAAGAAAUUGAGUUUAAAAGUGUAAUUUAAAAUAAAGAAGGCAUCAUUCGGAAGUAGAAGAAAAGAGUAUUCGUGUAAUACUUUAAUCGUUACUCAUUCACAUUUGAAUAUACACGAAUUUGUAUAUAUGUAUUGACUUAAAUAUUGUAAGUUAUUGUACAAUUGCCUGCUAAUGUAAGAAUAAAUAGAUAUGUGACCGAGAA